CCAGAGACCAGUGACUACUCUCUGUAGUAGAGACAGUAGAGAGAGAGAGAGCAUCCCACACAACAGUCAAACAACAACACAAUCAAGAGAGCGAUAAAACUAAUAGUGAUAGGAUAGCCCGCACUAGUGAUAUAGGUCACUCCCACACAAGAAAAAAUAUUAAUUUUAAUAUUGAAAUCUAUCUAUAGCAUUCAUAGCCCACACUAUACAAGAAGCACAUUGCAGCAUACGACACUCACUGCCACAUUACAGUACCAGGUACAUCGCUUCAUGACAACUAACUAAUAACUGAUACAAUGGAGCUCGGCCCGGACCCGCACUCGUUUGCGAAUUUCAAACACGCCAAAACAACGCAAAUUGAUUUGGUGCUCAAUUGUGACUUUGAAGCAAAGGAGUUCCAUGGGCAUGUGGACAUCACUGUGGAUUUGUUGCAGGACACAGAUGUGGUGCUACUCGACAUUUCUGGGCUGAAAAUUCAGGAAUGUUCCGAGGCCGAUUCCGGAAAAAAAUUGGACUACAGCACUGCCACCCAGGCGUACUGCGGCUCAUGUCUCGAGGUGAAGCUACCGCCCAAUGCGUGCACCAAGGGAUCGCAGGCGAAGGUCAGAGUCAAGUACAACACCACAGCACAGUCCAGCGGAAUCCAAUGGCUGUCACCGUCGCAGACAAAGGGGGGUGACCAACCCUUCUGCUUCACACAGUGCCAGGCCAUACAGACGCGCACGGUGCUGCCUUGCCAGGACACCCCCUCCGUUAAGGCACCCUUCAGCUUCACCAUCACCGUCCCUUCAGACCUCACGGCUGUGUGCAGUGGUCUCAGACAAGGCGAGCCAACACCCAAUGGCGAUGGCACGCACACGUUUGUGUACCACCAGCCCAUGCCUGUCAUGGCCUAUCUCAUUGCCGCGGCGGUAGGUAAGUUGGCCAAGGCGAGUCUCGGCCCAAGGAGUGACCUGUACGCCGAACCAGAGAUUCUCGAGGCUGCCAGAUGGGAGUACGAUGGCAUUACAGAGACCUUCAUUGUUGAGGCUGAGAAAGUGUGCGGUACGGAAUACAAAUGGAAGACGUAUGACAUUGUCAUGCUGCCCAGUUCCUUUGCGUAUGGAGGCAUGGAGAACCCCAAUGCCACGUUCUUGUCGUCUGCGUUGCUCGCCGGAGACAAAAGUCUCACCACAACACUCGCCCACGAAAUCACCCACAGCUGGUGCGGAAAUAUGGUCACGAACGCGUUCUGGAAAGACUUCUGGCUCAAUGAGGGUUUCACGCGCUAUGUGGAGAGACGAAUUCUCGGCGCAAUGUUUGGGCCAGCGUACCGUGGACUACAGAUGACAUACGGCUAUUUUGAUUUGAUUAAGAACUGCAACUUCCUGGCGCAUCGGCCGUACCUACUGAAACUGCAGCCAGAGAUUGUGGGGGUGGACCCAGAUGAGUCCUUCUCCCGCAUUCCCUAUGAGAAGGGGUCAUUGUUUCUGCACUAUCUCGAGGGCAUUGUGGGCGGAGAACAGCCCAUGACCACAUGGUUGCGCACGUACUUUACUGACUUUGCCGAGCAGAGUGUGACUACGGACGAUUUCAGGGACCACUUCACGGCCCAUUUCACCAAAGCGGGUGUGGACAUGUCUGGUGUGGCCUGGGAUCAUUGGCUGCAUGGGGUGGGUCUGCCAGACUACGACAUCUACGCCCAUAUCGACAACUCCAUGACCGUACGCUGCAAAGAGAUAGCACACACGUGGUUACACGACGACGGCAACGGAGCCAACGCGAGUGAUAUAGACGGCAUGAAGGCGCAUCAGGUGAUGGUUAUCUUGGACACCAUUAUAAACGAGAACACGCACUUCUCCGGCGACAAACUAGACCGGAUGGACAGCACAUACCACUUCUCAGAGACUAAGAACUGUGAGAUUGGAUUCCGAUGGUUCCUGCUUUGUUUGAAGAAUAACCACAGGUCAUGUUUUGAGGGCGUUAAGGCGUAUCUGAGCCGCAACGGACGGGGUGUGUACGUGAAACCAUUGUACGUUGAGCUGUAUCGCGUCGAUCCCGAGUAUGCACGCGAGGUGUAUGGCGGUCUAAGUGACUUCUACAUGGACGUGGUGGCUGAACCCAUCAAGAAGACGUUGGAGCUGUAGACCCAUUACAUUACACUAGUGCUUUAAUAAAGGCCUGCUACAUAGACAUAGAGGUAUACGCCCAUUACACUAGUGCUUUAGAUAAAGGCUUGCUACAUAGUCAUAGAGGUAUACGUCCAUUACACUAGUGCUUUAAUAAAG